AUGGGGGCGGGGAAGCACGCGGUGACGCAGGAGGCGUUCGACGCGCUGGUGCGGGAGGGCAUGGACGAGUUCGGCAUGGCGCCGGACGAGGCGGUGGAAGACGCCGUCCGCACCCUCACCAUGCAGGGCGCUGACCUCACAGGCAUCGUGCAGGCGUACAGUGCCACAGGGCAGCGCGCGGAGCAGCCGGCAGCAGCGGCGGCCACACAGCUUGCAGAGGCGCUGGCAGGCUGGAAGGCGAGGCAAGGAGGAGGCGAAGGUGAAGGUGCUUAUAGCGGUGCUGACUUCCAUGCAGUGCUGCACGCGCUGUCCGCCCUCUCGCGCGCGCUCAGCCCCUCUGCGGACGGCUCUCAGGGCGGGCAGGCGCAGCAGGAAGGCGCGGCGAGGGAAGAAAGUGCAUCAGCUGCAGAGGCAGCAACAGCAGAGGCAGCAGCAGCAAGGGGUGGAUCAGGGUCAGGGGAAGCAGCGAUCGUGGCGGGGCGAAACGAGGGAUUACCGGCAGCUGUGAGCGCACUGGAGGUGGUUCUAGGGGCGAUGGAGAGAGGGGAGAAGGGAGGCGAGGGGGAGGAGGGCGAGGAGGGGGGCGGGAGGGUGGAGAGGGCGCUGUGUGAUGCGCUCACAUGCACAGCGGCGCUGCUCUCGCAUGUCCCCGGGGCACGAGACCACUUCUUCCGCCUCUCUGGUCCGUCUCUCCUCGCCUCUGCCCUCCCUGUCCCGCCCUUCACCUCCUGCAGCCUCACACGUGUGGCAGCAGCUGCCAGCACGGCACAGGCAGCGAGCGCGGAGAACGAGGUCAUCAAAGAGGCACUCAUGGACGCCGCGCUCCACGUGAAGCUCCUCAACGCCAUUCGCGCCAUCGUGCAGUCCAAACCCGCUGCUGCUGACGUGGACAGCAGCGUCGCUGACGUGUCAGAAGCAGGGAGCGCGGUGUGUGCGUGCUGUGGGGCGCUGAGGGCGCUGGUGACGAAUGAUGACGUGCGCGUGGCGGCCUCCAAGACCUUCUCCAACGCUCGCACCGUGGCGGAGGCGGGCGCCGUGGAUGUGCUGCUGGGCGCCGCUGCUGCCUUCUCCUCCGACCUCACCGUGCUGCCCUGCGUGCUGCGUGCUCUCAAGGCCAUUGCUGUCAACGAGGACAUCUGUCGCAGCAUAGCCUCUCUCGCCGGGGUGCCCCUCGUGCUCGCCCACCUGCGCGCUGCCCUCGCCUCGCACUGCUCUGCCCUCGCUGCUCCCUCCGCCGCACUGCUGGCGCAGCUGGCAGGCAGUGACGCCAACAAGGUGCUCAUCGUGGAGACAGGUUGCAUUCCCGUAUUGGUGGAAGCUGUCAAGGCAUUCGUGGACGAUGGGGCUGUGCUUCAAGAGCUGCUGGCAUGUCUGGCAGCCGUGACGCUGCGCAGCCCGGCGCAUGCAGCAGCAGUGGUGGGGGCGGGCGGGUUGGAGGCGGCAGUGGAGGCCAUGGAAGGGCGGGGCGCCACGGCGGGCAGCCAGUGGCAGGCGUGCCAGCUGCUGCGCAACCUCGCUGUGCGCAACCCUGAACACCGGCCAAUAAUGGUGGAGAUGGGAUUGGAGGCUGUGAUUCGCAACGUCAGGAGCAAACACAAGUCGUGCCAUGACGUGUGCUCUGCUGCACUAAGAGACAUGGGCCUGGAUAACUAUAAUCAAUAG